UCUUGAGGCUGUCCUGGCUGCUGCCUGAAGGACUUACACUUAGAAAUUCCUCCUUUGCUACUCGGCAAUUUACAGAAAGCCCACCGAAAAGGACACUAGUGCUUAAAGUUGUAGUUUCGUACGGAUAUUUCCUCUUCCUGUUUGAAGUUGUUGAGCUGCCUGCCGUCUAAAUGCUUCUUAGCUCAACCUUCAGAGUUAAUUAUUGCUUCUUAUAAUCAGAACAUCAGAGGCUGCCUCCACCCGUAUUGCGACGUCGCUCCGCCACGUUUAGCCGGUUUUUAGUUCCGUUAAAUUCAACUCUCGUGCACCGACCGACCGACCGACCGAGCUGAAGAUGAACCCCAGCGGAGCCCGCAGCGGGAAGACGUUCCUGUUCACGUCCGAGUCCGUUGGAGAAGGACACUCCGACAAAAUGUGUGAUCAGAUCAGUGAUGCUGUACUCGAUGCAUUCCUGAGUCAAGACCCUGACUCUAAAGUGGCCUGUGAAUGUGUGGCGAAGACGGGCAUGAUUUUACUGGUUGGAGAAGUGACAUCUAAGGCCAAAGUGGAUCUCCAGUCAGUGGUCCGAAAUACUGUUAAGAAGAUUGGCUAUGAUGCCUCUUCAAAAGGUUUUGACUAUAAGACCUGCAAUGUGCUGUUAGCGCUGGAGCCGCAGUGUGUGGAGAUAUCAGACUGUGUGUUUGAAGGCAGGGAUCAGGAGGACAUCGGUGCCGGGGACCAGGGUUUGAUGUUUGGCUACGCCACAGAUGAGACCGAGGAGUGUAUGCCCUUAACCAUCCUUUUGGCUCACAAACUCAUCUACAGGAUGAAGGAGCUGUCACGCAACGGAGAGUGUCCUUGGAUACUACCAGACUCCAAAUCACAAGUCACAGUGGAGUACAGAGACAACAUGGGAGCCAUGGAGCCACUGCGUGUUCACACUGUGGUCAUCUCAGUACAGCACAGCCCGGACAUCACCCUGGAGGAGAUCAGACGCAACCUGAUGGAGAAGGUGGUGAAGGUCAUCAUUCCUGCCAGGUACUUGGAUGACAAGACCAUCUACCAUCUACUGCCAAGUGGGAAAUUCCUCGUAGGUGGCCCACAGAGUGAUGCAGGACUCACAGGGCGUAAAAUCAUAGUGGACACAUAUGGAGGAUGGGGUGGGCACGGAGGCGGGGCUUUCUCUGGAAAAGACUACUCCAAAGUGGAUCGGUCCGGAGCUUAUGCGGCACGCUGGGUCGCCAAGUCUUUGGUCAAAGCCGGACUGUGCAGGAGGGCCCUCGUUCAGAUCUCCUAUGCCAUCGGUGUGAGCCAGCCCCUCUCCAUCUCCGUGUUUCACUACGGCACGUCGAACAGGGAUGAAGACGAGCUGCUGCAAAUAGUGCAGAAGAACUUUGACCUGAGGCCUGGGGUCAUUGUGAAAGAGCUGAGUUUGAAGCGGCCAAUUUACCAGGCAACCGCCUGCUACGGUCACUUUGGCAGAGAGGAGUUCCCCUGGGAAAAACCAAAGUCUCUGGUGUUUUGAGUUUGGGGGUCGAUCACAUUUCCAGUUAUAAAACAAUCAAGAGUCUAAUUUGAGUCACAGAAUCCACCUAAAAACUGCGUAACUGAAAACAUAAAUGUCUUUUUUCUGUCAUCUCUUAAUUUCUGACCUUUGCUGAAGAAUGCAUUUUGAUAAUUUUGUAUGAGAAACUGUAGUUAUUGUUUAAGAAUAAUUAUGCAAUAAAUGUAAAAUGUUUAGCAUAUCCUGGAUUAACUGUCAGACGCUGUCAAAUUUAUGAAAAUCAUGAAUUUUGGUAAAAUGUAAUGAAUAAUGUUUGGUGAUUAAAAAGCUGCAUAAAAAAACUCA